AUGUCCGACUUGGGCUUGGACCCGUCACAGUUCAUCGCUCGUCCGUAUUCUGCGCAGCCACCGUCGAAGUCGGACGCCGACACACUCCAUGAACAGGCCGCGGCGGGAGAUGUCAUUCACACUACAGAGACGGAGAUGGAGAACGAGACCGAGACCGAGACCGAGACCGGCUCGCGAAGGACUCAAUACACCUUCUACUCUACUCAAACAAACCACAAGAACUCUUCUUUCGAGGGCACAGUAUCAGUUACGGCACAAGGCAUCAAGAUCCAUUCUGGGACGGCUACAUCGGCUUGCCAUCCUCCACAGUCCGCCCUGACCGACCAGACCUCAGCCUCCACCGCUGCUCAGAUGAUCCGGCGACUGGCCCAGCAGAACAGUCGCUUACGGGAGACAUGGGAGGCGGAGCGCAAAUACCUAGAGGCCAACCGCGAGAGGGUGGAAGAGGUCUAUAAAGAGGAGCGAGCCCUCAUGGAGGAGGAGCGGUGCCUGUGGGACGCCGAGAAGACCACCAUGGUCAAGGAGAUCCGACUCCUCAGAGAACGCGUCCUGGAGCUCGAAAGCGACAACCUUCGCCUACAAACAGCCCUAGCCCAACAGCGCCCGCGCCAGCACCACUUGCCUGAACAGAAGGCGGCCAAGGCUAAAAUCGCCUCUGUCACCACCUUUGUCGCCUCUGUCACCUCUGUCAGCGGUCCACGUACCAAAGGUGGUGGAGAGGGAUCCACCGGCUUUUAUCCGCCUUCCCACACCACGCUCGUUCCGGCAAGUGAUCGGCGUUUCAACACUAAUAUUUCCCGGACAGAUGACGAAGACGGCGCUAGGCGAUCUGAUCUCGCGGUAGACUCAGCGUCUGCGUCAGACACCUUCCCGCGUCCUACCACCACAUCAAUAAGGAGAAGUACAGAUAGUACACUGCUAUUCAACAAGCCGCACGUACCCCAACGACCUCGCUUCCUCUCAGCUCCAGCUUCCAGCAGCCUUUACCCACCACGUCGGCCUCAGCCGCCGUCAUUCUUCAUGCCCGGAAACGCCCCGAUGCACCCACAGUCUUCUGCGUCACCCCAGGUCGACUUUCUCGGCUCGCCAAGGGACGAGGACGUCCCUGUCAUCGACAUCCAAGCCAUUCAUCCCGAACUCGAAGGGAUCUCCUUGAGGGCUCCUGCUGUGCAAAAGGAGACUUUUACCGAUUCCAGCACGGACAGCUCGAAUGAUCCCUCCGCCCAUCCCUCGCCGCUCGACAAUGGUAACGGCGACGGCGACGGCGACGGCGACGGGGAUAGCAACGGUAGCGACGCGACAAUGUCAAGGAGGAGGAGAUCGUCGAAACGCCAGACCCUCGAAGUACUCUCCGUUCCCGAGCCGGCUAGGCUUGUGAUGCAUGCGGGCCACACCCCGAGCCACUCCCUGACGCACCUUCCGUCGGCCAUCGUCUCCGAUGCCGCCACCAUCAACGGCGAGAGCGGCACCUCGACGCCCAGGGAAGACCCCGCCGCCAGAGGAGGCGCCAUGGCGAAACUCGGCAGGACGCAGAAACGCCUCGCUCUCCCACGGCGGAUUGAGGAUACCCUGAGUUUCGAACUGGAGGCGUCGGCCGAAGACCACCCGGAGCCUCGGUUCGAACCCGACGAAGGCGACCGCGAAUUGAAAGGUCCGCUGAUGGUCAAAAACAUCCCCGCCCAGGACGAGAUUUUCUUCCGGCGGUUAUCCGAGAAGCUCGAGGACGUGAGCCGCGGCCAGGACGCUACACCGAGUUGCAUGCAGAAUGGCGAGGAGGCGUACGAGGAGGAUGGCGCGGCCGCCUCUUCAAAAGAGCCGGGGAAUGGCGAGGAGGGGCUAAACGGUGCUCAAGAGCGUGGCAGCGGGUCCGAUUCCCUCUCUGAGGAUGAAGAGGGUGUUAAGGAUGUCCCUCUCAAGCUCAAGAGGUCGAACAAUUUCGGAGCGCCAUUGGGAGCAAUACACUAG